ACAGAAUAUUCUGUUAGGUUGCGCCCGGUGAGUUUUAUAGCAACUGUUGCCCAGUGAGGCAGCGCCAUAGUCACCGUAGUCCUGGCGACUGUAACCCACCAACAACAACAACCUUUCGUUCCAUCAUUGCCACCUCCACCAUCCUCACUUCAUCCUCAUCAACCAGUCCUCAGCCCAGGCGCCAUGCAGACCCCUGAGGCAGGCGCUGACUCCGCCUCCACUGUCCCUCUCCAGACCGCCGUGCCUGUGCAGCCCGCAGGCUCCGCCCAGCAGGUGACCUCUCAGGGGCCUGUCCAGCAGCAGACCCAGACUGUUCAACAGGUUCAGCAUGUAUACCCAGCACAGGUGCAGUAUGUGGAGGAGAACAGUGGUGUCUACACCAACGGAACCAUACGGACGUACUCGUACUCCGAGCCCCAGGUGUACAGCCAGAACAGUGGAGGGAGCUACUUUGACACGCAGGGCAGCUCAUCCGAGGUGUCUACAGUGGUGUCGUCCCAUGGCAUGGCCAACAAUGGAGGGGGGAACGGGGGUCUGACCAUGGGUCUGGCCGGGGGGCAGAUCAUCAGCAGCUCUGGAGCCUACCUCAUCGGGGGCAACUCCAUGGACAACUCUGCCCCCCACCCAGCCACCCAGACUACCCGAGCCUCCCCGUCCACUGUGAGUAUUGAAAUGGCGAUUGAGACGCUCCAAAAGACUGAAGGUUUAUCCAGUCAGAGAAGCUCGCUGCUCAACAGCCAUCUGCAAUGGCUACUGGAUAACUAUGAGACUGCGGAGGGGGUGAGUCUGCCUCGCUCCACCCUCUACAACCACUACUUGCGCCACUGCCAGGAGCAGAAAUUGGACCCGGUCAACGCCGCUUCCUUCGGCAAGCUCAUCCGCUCCAUCUUCAUGGGGCUACGCACGCGACGCCUCGGCACAAGAGGGAACUCAAAGUACCACUACUAUGGGAUCCGGCUGAAGCCGGACUCUCCUCUCAACAGACUGCAGGAGGACAUGCAGUACAUGGCCCUCAGACAGCAGCCUGUCCAACAGAAACAGAGGUUUAAGCCGGUGCAGAAGGUUGAUGGUGUGUCUGGGGAGAACUUCUCAGGCGGUGGCCAGCACACCCCCAGUGCAGCGGAGCAGACCGUCAUUGCACAGAGCCAGCACCACCAGCAGUACCUGGACGCAUCCCGGGCGCUGCCAGACUUUGUGGAGCUGGACCUGGGAGAGACCAACGUGGAGAACAUCGGCCCAGACGACAUCAAAGCUCUCCAGUCACUAUACAGAGAGCACUGUGAGGCCAUUCUGGAUGUGGUGGUGAACCUCCAGUUCAGUCUAAUAGAGAAGCUGUGGCAGACAUUCUGGCGCUAUUCCCCCUCUGACUUAGUGGAGGGCACCACCAUCACAGAAAACAGUGGUAUGAGUGAGAUUGAGGGCCGUUUGCCCUGCUCCAGGCUGGUGGUGCUCUGUAGGAACGAGGCUGUGCUCAAGUGGAUGAGUUCCUGUGACCACCUGAUGUACCAGGCCCUAGUGGAGAUCCUCAUCCCUGAUGUCCUCAGACCCAUCCCCAGUGCCUUGACUCAAGCCAUCCGCAACUUUGCCAAAAGCCUGGAAGGCUGGCUCAACAAUGCCAUGAACGUCAUUCCACAGAGAAUGAUCCAGACAAAAGUUGCCGCUGUUAGUGCCUUUUCUCAGACGAUGCGUCGUUACACUAGUCUGAACCACCUGGCCCAGGCAGCCCGCGCCGUGUUGCAGAACACCUCCCAGAUCAAUCAGAUGCUCAGCGACCUCAACCGCGUCGACUUCGCCAACGUGCAGGAGCAGGCGUCGUGGGUGUGUCAGUGUGAGGAGGGUGUGGUUCAGAGGUUAGAGCAGGACUUCAAGGCCACCCUGCAGCAGCAGAGCUCUCUGGAGCAGUGGGCUACCUGGCUGGACAACGUGGUCACCCAGGUCCUACAGCCCUUCGAGGACAGGCCCAGCUUCCCCAGGGCUGCGCGUCAGUUCCUGCUCAAGUGGUCCUUCUACAGCUCCAUGGUGAUUCGAGACCUGACUUUGCGCAGCGCGGCCAGUUUCGGCUCGUUCCACCUGAUCCGCCUGCUCUACGACGAGUACAUGUUCUACCUGGUGGAACACCGCGUCGCCCAGGCAACCGGCGAGACACCCAUCGGUGUCAUGGGAGAAUUCGAUGACCUCAACGCCAUGUCGCCUGCUUACAUGGACAAAGACGAGGUGAGUGAGAUGGACAGUGACCUGGAAGAGGACAUGGAGGAGUCUGGGGAGCCGCUGGCCAAGCGGGAGAAGGCUGAGUUGCAGCAUGAGCACCAGGUGAUCCAGGUGAUUCAGGUGGGGGCUCUGGAGGACGGCUGUAACCCCGUGGUGGGGGUGGUGCAGCCGGGUAUCCUGCACUCCCUACCCCAGCCCCCCCAGGACCACGCUGAGCACAUCCUCACCCCUUCUGCCGCCACCCCCACCAUCCGCCACUGCAGCGCCACCGGCAACACCUACGCCUCCGUCUGAAGAGAGAGACGCCCACAAACCACUCUUCUCUUGAUCUGUCUGUCUCUCCCUCUCUAUUUCAAUGGGUCACGCUGUCUCACACACACAUCUGCACUAUUUCUCUCUGUCAUGUGCUGUGUUUUCUCUGCUCUCCUCCGCCCCCAGGCCACUAGAGGACGAUGAAAAUCACCAUGACCACAGCCACUGGCGUCACACAAACCGUGGAUAGAUUAAGAGAGCUGGAUGUGAAUAGGAAUGUGGGCGGGCCGCCUCUGUCUGCUGUCAUCCCAUAUUUCUGUCCUCUGGGAGUGGAUGCUGGGUGAGGGAGGAGGAUUGGAAGGGGGGGGUGACCCAUGAGAUGCUGCCAGAUGUGAGACACUGACUGACCCUAGCUGUGUAGAGGGGAGGGUAUAUAUUCAAAGCUCAAAUCCAAGCCACCAGCCCCAGAUGAGCGAUGUGAUUGAUUGAUAAGAGUACUCUUGGUUCACUCUUAGAUCGGGUUGUUUCGUAUAUAGUGCAUAUAUAAUAAACAAAACAGAGGUGCUGUUCUCUCACAUUAGCAGAUAUUCCUCCCAAUCAUGAGGUGAUAUACGUUCUUACAGAGAAAGCAUUGACACAUUCCAGUUAAGGACAGAAUUGAGUUGAACGAUAUGAGAUUUUUGUUGUUGUUGACUUUUUUGUGUAUUUCAAACCUUUGUUUAGAUAUGACAUUCGGUGAUGUAUGAUUGCUUGUGAUGUGGCAGCUGUUUUGCGUUCUUUGAUUUAUUGAAUAGUGUAUAAUCGUAGCCAUGAUCCCCUGAUAACCCCUAAUGACUUCUAGCCGUGAAGUUUGUUCUGCCCUUGAAGAAAGACGUACUCUUAUGCGUGCUGCUACUCUAUAGAAACACGAGGCGAGACAGACAGACGGACUGGAUGUACUAUACCACUACAACACUAGCUUUUUUACGCACUUCAUGCAUCGUAUGGGAUGCUCUUGACUUAUUGCCUUGGUUUGGUUGGAUUUAGAUCCUGGAUAGUGUGAAACACAAAAAUGUAAUUAGUUAAGACUCGUAUAAUCUACCGACAUGUUCUCAGUGUGUGUGUUUGUAGUUUCUAUCUUGGUAGAUGUCUUAAGUUGUGAAUGGACCAAAAAAACAAACCAACCAGAGGAAACUGGCAGAGAGUGAGAGCCAUCAUGGCCGCCACAGUGGUCCCGGCGAGGCUGCUGCGUGUCCCGUUUUCCUGUCCCAACAGUGCUGUGGGUGGUGUUGCAGAGCAGACUGAAUGUCAGGGAUUCUAUGUACCUCGGCUUCAUCCUAGUGCCUUAAUAACCCUUACUGCAGCUGUCCAUGUAGUCCUGACUGAUUAUGUGGUUGUGGGGAGGGAUAGUACAUUCUGCGUUACUGUCCCAGCCACAGCUUUGGCCCUCUCUCUGGUGACUUGUGGCUAGAUUUGGGCUGGCUCGUUGGUGUUACUGAAGGCUGGGGAGGUGCAGGUUCAGAGGUGCUUGUAGUUUUCUCUGGAUUGUGCCGGUUCUAUCACUUUUUGUUUGUUUGUUCGGUUUCCCACUGAUGUGGGUGUGUUGCCUCGUUCCUGCUCUCACUCUCUCUCUCGAGGCCUGCUCCUGCUUUGGCAUGUGCAAUCGGGUGAAGCGUGCGCGUGUGCCGACGUGAGCGCUCGACCUGAUCGAGAUGAUGGUUGAGAGUAACCGUUGUGGUUGUUGUGGAUGAAUGAGUCCGAGCGUGGGUUUUGCACACACCCACUAGUCACCCUACCUCACACCAGCGGUGCCAGCCUUUUAACACAUGCAGCACGUCACCAAACCUUGUUCUCACACACAUAUGUAUCCUUCUACUCCCACGACACACCACAAUAACACUAUAUGCCUCUCACACUACACAGCUAAAAAUGCUCAUUGUCAUUUUAGCCCAUUCAGUCCUCAGUCCACAUCAUCAUCACUUGUUCUAUCGGUUGUAAAGUGCAUUUUUGUAUAGUGGACCAAAA